UUAUUAGAGCAGUGUACUCUAAAUGGGGCAACUGCAGCGAUGUUAUCUGUAACUUUAAUUGUGAUAUUUGUGUUUGUACAACCAAUAGUUUCGAAGCAGUGCCUUAUCAAAGAAGAUCUUGUUGAUGAAGAACUAUGGAAUUAUUUUGCAAGUUUUUGGUGUUACUACUACACCAGCGACUUAGUAUGGAGUUAUGACUUUACAGUUACGCAAAUUGUUUUUAAUAAUGAAUCCUAUUACAUGUAUGCUUUGGAUGUUAACGGAACACCAGUUCUACUAGACUUCGAAAAUGAAACGUCAAUGGCUUAUAUCAAAAACCAGUUUCCAUCUGACGCAGCUUUUCAGUUGUAUUUGGAAUGUAAUCUAGAGUCUGUGAACUGCUGCCAAAAUGAAAUGAAUGAUGAUAAUAUUCGCCCCAGUAAAUCAUACUGCCCAGCCAUUUGGGAUUCUUGGACAUGUUUUCCACAGACGAAAGUUAACACUAUUGCCAAAAUGCCUUGUAGUAGUCAAUAUUAUGGAGCUGACAGUGAUAUAUGUACUCUGGAAAGUCAAAAGUCAUGCAUCUGGAACAACGAAAGUCAAAAAGCAGAAUGGAUUCAGGACACAGAUUAUUCAACUUGCUCGACAAUUCCAGUUUUCAGAAGACGAUACAACUUUCACGUUAUAUCUUUAAGCGUCUGUAUUGUUUUUUGUCUGCCGGCCAUCUUUAUCUUUGUAAGCUUUGAAAAACUAAGAAAAACUAUUAGAGUAGUACUUCACAGGAACUUACUGAUAGCAAUCUGUAUACGCUGUAUAUUAACGAUUAUUUCCAAAGAACUGAUAUACCUUGAUGCUCUUAGACCCACGGAAGAAACUUGUCAUAUAAUGGAAGACAACGGAAUUGUAUGUAGGGCUUUAACUUUUCUGGAAAGCUCUGCUGUUAAUGGUAUCUAUGGUUGCAUGCUUCUUGACGCCUUUUAUUUACAUAAAGUGAUUGUACGGGCAUUUGCAAAGGAAGUCAAAAUGAAAUAUAUCUACACAGUAUUGGUAGCUCUGACUUUCGCAUUUAGCAUCGCCUGGGCAGCAUCAAUGGCUUCGAUCAACGCAAAAUUGUGUUGGUUGUCUACUAACAACCUGCAGUGGAUAAUGGAUGGUUACAGAAUAGCUAUUUUAUUUAUUAAUUCUGCUUUAUUAGGUGAUAUUAUAAGAGUGAUGGUGCUUAAGAUAAAGCACGGAAGUACUACUGAACAGACGAUGGCAGCGUUUAGAGCCACAAUAAUUCUCAUUCCACUGUUUGGACUUCAUAUCAUUCUCACUGCUAAUAAAAUCGUAUACGACAAGUCCUGCACAGCAGAAGAUUUAUAUGAAUACGCUCGGUAUACAAUGGAGGGACUUCAAGGGAUUGUAGUAUCAAUUAUCUUCUGUUAUGCUAAUAAAGAGGUUCAAGGAGAAAUUAAAAAUAUGUACAGAAAACUAUGUAUAUAUUUAAAUCAAAGGUUUGAUUGGCACUUGGGUGAAGAAAACUAUGACAAAAGGAGGGCUACAACUGCUACGUACGUCCAAGGAAAUUAAAAUUAGGUUUCAAGGGUAACUUCUAUUAUUUUAUAUAACAUUUGUAUUUGAAAAUAGUUGUCUAAUAACUUCAUUAUACUUUUGUAAUGUUU